AUGAAAGAAGUUUGGGUCAACCAUAAGUUAGUAGAUUUCCUAAAUGCUAUUCGACAACAGAAAAUUGCCCCCGGCUGUAGUCUUUACGACGAAGAUGGACAUGGAGGUGGAGACGAUGACGAAGGUGACGAAUAUGUGAAAGAGCACACCAUGGAGGACGACGAAGAAGAUAGGGCUGUCGAAAAUCUAGACCCCUGUUUGAACAAUAAAUGCAAACGUGGCAGUCAGUGCGUGCCGCAAUCACCUUCGGAUUACCUGUGCAAAUGUCCAGCAGGGUAUACAGGAAAAUUCUGCGAUCAAGUUGCUACGUGCAAAAAAGAAUUCGCCAAAGAGUACUACUCGGAGAAUGGUUGUCGUUCACGAAAACCCAUUAAAGUGGCGAAAUGUGAAGGUGGCUGCGGAAAUGGAUGCUGUCGACCCAGAAAGACCAAAAAACGUAAAGUUCGUCUAAUUUGUAACGAUGGCACUCGCUACACCAAAGACAUCGAU